AUUCAUAUGACAGCUUCGCCCGUCGAAAUCGAACUCUUUGUUGCAUCAUGUCGCUGUGCGGUCGUAUUUUCCGUCGCUGGAAUCAUUUUGUUACGCUAAAACAGUACGAAAAUGUCCAAGUGGCCAGAGGGAACCCCCAGAACCUAGUGCAACGCGUCAACCCUGCCUUCGGUGGUAAAGUUUUCGUGGCCUGGCACCCGGAGCCAACAUUUCCCUACGAGUGUUCGAAACCCAUCGAGAGAACCUCGGUGAAAUCCGGCCCAUCGUUGGUGCGUGACGAACUGGUCCUGUCCGGAGCCAGCCAACUGAAAGCCAAACAUCCGGAAAUGGUACGCGAGGAGCUCUCCAAAGUCACCUUUACGACAAAACAUCGCUGGUUCCCGAGAGCUCGCGACAAGAAAGCCAAGAAGACUCCAAUGGAUCGGGAAUAUCUUUAGGUGGGUUCUUCAAUAGAAUAAAUCAGAUUAAAAGCAAACAGGUA